AUGUCGAUAAACAGCCUUAUAGAAACGAAUAUACAAUUAAAUGAUUGUGACGGAAUAGAGAAUCUAGCAAAAAGUGCUGCUAAAAUAGCAUUCCACAAUUUUAAAUGGCAUUACGUUACUUUGGUACUACUAAAUUCUGCAGCAUCUUGCGGGUUAAGUGCGUUUCUCCAAGCAUAUAACAAGACUUCGAUCGUUGCCAAUGUUAAUCUUAAACCGAGAUAUUCAGAUCUAACAAAACAAUUUGUUUUAUUUGGACAAACUAUGAAGGACGUCCUUUAUUUAAUACAAUGGCUAGAAGAUCAUAAAUUCAAUUACAUUGGCAAGUUUUUGAUAAUCUGCCAAUCAAAUGAGCUUAAUGACUGUGACGAGACAGAAGCAGUUGAAAAGUUAUGGAAUCAUAAAGUUAUAAAUGUUGCUUUUAUUAAGCAUGAACCAAACUGUGGUGCCAUUGGUUAUACCUAUGAUUUUGGAGAGGAUUGUAAAAAUUCUCCUCCAACGAAAUUGGAUAAUUGGGAUGAUUGUUUACAGAACGGGGAAUAUUGUGGAAAUAUGUUUCCGAUUAAAUUAAAAAAUCUUCACCGCUGUCCCAUCGUAGUUUCGACGUUUAUUCAAGUGCCUUACAUGAACAUCACUGAUGAUGUACCAUCGGGUGCAGAUGGUGAUCUGUUGCGUAUUUUGAUUGAAGCGCUCAACGCAACACUGGUUAUAAUGACACCACAUUAUGGUAAUGGCUGGGGAAACCUUGACGAUAAUGGGACUUGGGUCGGCUCCCUUGGCGACUUAUAUGAUUUGGCUAAUUUCUCAAUGACCUCUGCAAGUAUUACUCAGUCGAGAUACCAGGAUUUUCAAAUGUCAAGUUUUUAUUACACUGUAACGUUGGUAUGGGUAACACAUCCACCUGAAAUGGAGAUGCCUUACUAUAAACUAUUAAGACCUUUCAAAGUAGAUACACAAAUAGCUUUUUUAGUCUCAUUUGCACUUGUGAUUAUUAUAUUUUUGAUCUUUAAAACAAAUAUUUGUAUAUAUGUUUAUAAGAAAAUGAAAUUUGGUCGAAUUCCCGAUAAAGUCUUAUUUUCGUCGUGGGAAAUAUGUAUGGGUCAGCCGAUUUUACUAUUCCCAUCAAAUAUGUCACUGUGCUACUUGGUGUUAAUGUGGAUUUGGUACUGCUUUUUGAUGAGAACAUUUUAUCAAGUUCAUUUGAUAAAUUCAUUAAAAACUGAUAUAUAUUCGGCACAGCUUUUGAAUAUAGAACAAGCUAUUCAAGCCGAAUACCCCUUUGGUGGUGGAGCUGCUUUAAAAGAUUAUUAUAUUAAUAAUUCAUUAGUUUACGAUAAUUGGAAACAUACGCAAAGUAAUCAGUACCACACGAUAUUGCUAAAUUUGACUGAAGGUAUGAAAUUUGUUUUAGGAAUGAAUCUAGCAACAGCUAAAGUCUUUCUAAAACAACCUGGUAGAAAGUUGCAUAUUUUACCGCAAAAAAUAAUUAAUUGCCCAUCAGUGAUAUUUUUCAAAAGGUUCUCACCUUUAGUGCCACCAAUAAAUAGAAUUAUCGAACGUUUAGUCGAAUUUGGUUGGGUCGAUGUGAUCUUCAGGAAUAACACGGAUACUAACAAUAUUGAGAAACCUGAAGACGUAGAUAAACCAAUCAAAUUAAGUAAUUUUACAGGUUGUUAUGUAAUUUUGUUUUGUGGUUGGGUAUCGUCGUUCGUAUUAUUAAUUAUUGAAAAUUAUUAUAUAAGAAAAACAAAACGUUGA